AUGCGUCGCAACCACCUUUUACUCGUCAGGGAGCUGGCCAGGACCCUCUACUCUGUUGCCCCCGCUCCCACCCUCUCUAUGGGCAACAAGAGACCACCAGCGGCGGAUGCACUCACCGCACGCUCCGCCUCGAAAGCAGCGGCGACGAACAGACAGAAGGGUACAAUCACCGAGUGGGAUCCGUUUGAGCGCCACGGCGUGAUUCAAGACGCCGCCGGUCAUUGCUACCGCAUCGCAAAUACCCGCGCCUUUGAGACGGUGCUUCCGACCAUGCUGCGUACGUUGGAGGGGGCAGUGGUGGAGUUUGAUGUUGGCCGAGAGGCAGCAGCAGAUCGUGUCAUAAUUCGCAAUCGACUGACGCCCAUCACCGCCGAAAGUUAUCGACAGGAACCCCCGGUGAACUUCCUGUCGGCUGAGAUGCUGGGGCAAUUUCAGCCGGCAAGUCGGUUCAAGAAGGGCACUGCCUCCGCAACGAAACUCCGCAACGAAGCGGCUGCUCUCACGACGCAGCGUACCUCGUCCUCAAAGCACGCAGCGGCAGAGAAAACGGCGGAGUUGUACGCCAGAAACAUCACGGUGGACAUCGGCAGCAUCCCCGCCAAGCAAAUCGCACGCUGGAGUGGCCCGCUCUCCGAUGAAGCAGUGAUCAUGCCUACGAAGAACUUGAAGGACAUGCGCAGCAGUCGCCUCUUCGAUGGCGAAACAAACGCGUACCUGAAGCUAGCACAGCAGCUGGGCAGCGGGGAGGCGGCGCAGCGUCUUCUGGCAGCGCAGCAGGAGCGGGCAGAGGCGGAGGCGGUGCAGCGCGUUGUGGUGGCGGCGAAGGCAACGGGUGUGGUUCUGGCCUGGUCCGGCAUUCAUCGCAGCGGCCUUAUCCGCGAAGACUCGGCAACGGAUGCCGGAAAGGCAGCUUCUGCCAACGCAACCACCACCACUGCGGCCACAGCAAUGGUCGAGGGCAUUGGUGGCAACGCCGAGCCGGUGUGCAUUAUCCGCAACGUGUACGCGUUUCAGAGCGCGUUGCCCACCUCGCAAAGUCUCCUGCAGCGCCGUGUGACCUUCACGAAGGUGACCUAUUCUACUCAGCCCCACCGCGCCUUUGCGGAGAACAUCGCGGUGGAGGGGGACGUGAGGUACGACAACGCUGUCUUGUCGCUAGAGGAUGUGCACGCUGCGAAGCAGAAGGAGCGUGCGGCCGCCCUGCGCUCUGGCAGACCCGGCGCCCUCAUCUUAGAAGAUGAGCCAGACGACGGCGGUGGUGACGGCACUGGAGUGGCUCGUGCUGCACACAGCGGUGACGCCUCCGGAGUGGCCAAUCAUUCAGUGAAGACUGGUGAAGCAACGGCUGCUGCCUCGCCCAUCGAUGGCCCGCGGGAAAAGCAAGACGAGCCCGUCGACCCCAACAAGGUGUACUACGGUGUCGUGGUGCGGUGGAGCGGCGGCCAAGGUGUCGUGGAAGGCGGUGACGGUCAUCACUACUUCCUCCGCUCCGCCGCUGACUUUGUGCAGUUGGUGGAUCAAAAUUCGCAUCAGCUGCGCGGUGCCGUGGUGCAGUUUCAGCGCGACGCAGCGAACCCGCGCUACGCCCGUGCGGUGGACAUCUUAAGCACCGCCGCCACCACGCUCCGUGAGGUGAGGCCCAUGCUAGAGAAGACGCAGUUUGUCGUGCGUGGGACUUCGGCGCCGUGCACGGCGGAGCAUCAGGCCGCGGCACGGCCCUCGCAGCCCUCGGAGGCAAACGCUGCGGACGUGGAGCCUGAAGGGGUGGCAUGGAUUUACGGCACCGUGCUGUCGUGGUCUGCGGUGGAGGGUCAGGGCAUUGUCUUGAGCGACGCCGACCAGGAGGCCCGCUACGUCCUGCGCGACCCCGAAGAAAACGUCAUCGCGUACGCGUCAACGCAGCACCGUUUGAGGAAAGGGCGUCAGGUGAAGUUUACCACCUUCGGCAGUACAGGGCGGCUGGUGUGCAAUUUAGUGUUGCUGGAUAGCGAGGUCGAGGAGGAGGUGCUGCGCGAGGACGAGUUGCGGCCGAGAGAACCGGUGAUGACGUUGGACGGCAACAUGAACGAGGCGAUCCCCUCGCCCAUGAGUACGAGCUACUGGCUGAACCGCAUGGACAAGGCGGGAUUCGACACGAAGGAGGUGAAGGACCUGCAGAACCGCGCUCUCACGUUGGACGAGGACGACGACGACGACGGCACCGAGGGCGGCAAGUUUCUCGACAGUGAGGAGCUGCUCAAGAAGGACCCGUGGUGGAGUGACCCGCGCAAGAACGUCCGCUUUCCAAACAGCGACAUGACGGCGGGGCAUUUGGCCUUGAUUGGACCCGCGUCAAUGAUGAACGUGGCGAUGAAAACAAAAGACCCCAAGAAACUGGACAAGAUGCUGAAGAAAUACCAGUCCCGCCUGACGGAGGACCAGAAGGAGCACGCGUGGAAGCAGGCGAAGGAGAUGGCACCAAAGUACGAGGAGUGCAUCCGAAAGAGCAGAGAGCGCAACGAGGAGCCGAAGUUCUACUUCUUUUAA